AUGUAUUUUUUGCGGAACGACUUUUUUCGGGGUGUAUUUUCCGGGGGAAUCUCGGUGUCGACCAUGGCUGCUCACGGUCGUGUUGGUAGUUCUAAUCAACACAAGCCUUCUCUCGCUUCUCCAGAGAAAGUUCGUGAACUUCUUAAUGCAGGAGUAUCUUCGUCAGACCUCGGUCCAAACAGUGAACCAGGAGAUUUAAAAGUUCUUGACGUAAAAAAUAACACACCUUGCGAGGCAACGAACAAAGAAGCUUUUUAUUCAAGAGUGGAAUCAUAUUCAUGUUCGAAAUGGACAGGCAAGCCACGCAUGCUGUCUCCUCUGAUGUGCGCGAGAUAUGGUUGGCUCAAUGUUGGCAGUGACAUGCUGAAGUGCUCCAGCUGCCAGGCUUUCCUGUGUGCCUCCCUUCAACCAUGCUUAGACUUUGAAAAAUAUGAAAGUAGAAUUGCAGAAAUAUCUAGACAGCUUCAGACUAAGCAUGAGAAGUUUUGUCCUUGGCCUGACUUUCCAUGUCCAGAGCGGUUCUGGUUGGUUCCAGCUUCUGAACCCUCAACGCUUCUUAACGCACUUUUGGAGCGCUUCCAGAGUGCCUGUCUUCUUGCACAGCAGUUGCCAGCUAUGAAGCUAGAACAACUAAAAUUCAUGUCGUUGACAGAGGAUGUUAUCAGUGUUGUACUGCAUCUGAUUGAAAAAGAACAAAAAAUAAAAGGAGGGACUCCAUCCUCUGAACCUUUGGCUGUCCAGGUGGCUGCAUGCAUUGUUUCCCUUUGUGGCUGGGAAGCAAGCUCAGCUCUGCACGCUAUGAGCCUGCCCAUCCUCACCUGCUCCUACUGUAUGCGGAAAGUGGGUUUGUGGAACUUCCAUCAGAUAGAAGGGCUUGGAAGUGACGUAGAGGCAUCACCAGACGCUACAGGACACUCCACUCAAGCUGCAGGACCUGCAUCAGUGAUCACUGAUGAUAGUCUGGGAGACUCUUCUGCAUCUGCCACUCCAACCUCAACUCCAUGUCGCAUGAAGCUUCGGAGCCAGGACUCUACUCGCUCUGACCAGUGUGACGGCACCUCCUCUCCUGUGGCGUCACGUGCAAAAAGCAGAGACUCACCAACGCCCAGUGAAGAAAUGCCAAGCCCUUCAGCCAGGGGCAAGAGACCCGCGACUCGUAGUCGAGGACAGGGAGAAGCCUCAGGGACCGAUGGCGCUGCUGGUCUUCCUCCUAAACGCUUGUGCCUUUCAUCUUCUGGUGGUCCUGAUGGCCCUUUGCCCAAGAAAGCAUUUGACCCCCUCGCUCAGCACAGAGACUGGUGUCCCUGGAUAUCUGUGGGCAAAGAGAAUGUGGAUCCAGGGGUGGUUUCUAUGUCGGAUGACAGUUCAUCGCUUAUUCAGCAGGGCUGGAAAGCUGCUCUCGACCUCCUCUUGCCCACAAAGAUUAACUCCGAUACACAAGGAAGCAGUCCAGCACAGGGCCCUCGUGACAAGUCUAAAAGGGUGUUUGCUAUAUUACGCCAGUGGCAGGUGUCCUCCUCUCCAUCUCAGUAGACUGUUUAGAACCAAGCAGCACUGCAACAUUGAAUUGAGGAACUGGUCUACCUUCUUUAAGUGGUACAAGAUCCAUCUCACCAAUAAAGAGAGUGUCAUAUAUUAUUAAUGUGUGCCAUCCUUUGAAAUGUGUUUACAGUCAAAAAUGUUUUGUAAGGGGAUUCAAGGUGUGUCUUUUAUAAAAUAAUGUGAAGGAUGCUUGUGGAAUUUGGGAACAUUUGAAUUUUGUGACUUGGAAAUUGAGAUUUUAGCUUACGAAGCCUGGAAAGACCUUUUAUUUUGUGUACACGUAUGCAGUCCACAGGUAAUAGAACCUAUAGGGUACCAGUAGCACUUGAGAAAAACUUCACAUUAAGACUGCUACAGCUAUUCUUAAGACAUCAUUGUUGUCUGUGUUUAAUUUUAAAUAAGAGGCAGCGAAUCUCUGAUUGUGAAAAAGGACCAGUUGCCUCAACACUGGACAGUCAUUUGCAGGAGUGGUAAACGAUUAGAAAAAUAAACUGUGAGCAAAUAAUUUGUUUCGAAUAAUUUUGCUUUACAGCGAGAUAGAUUUUUCUUUUUCUCUAGUUUUUUUUCUUUUUUAUUAAGGGUUGCUGGCAUCUAAAACCU